AUGGGCAUAUUCUCUUCAUCACGGGUGCCACCACCCAAGGUGCCCACCGAUACUGUGAUCCCUCUCCGGGAAAUGGACAGCUUGCCUUUGUCGGUUGGGAUCUGCAACGAGUUUUCAUUCUACUUCGAAGAUGUCCUAGAUGUCUACAAGCUUCAACGUGCACUCGACAGACUAAAAGAGGGAAAGCUCGAGUAUCAUAUACCGGCAGAGUACAGCGAAAAGCGUCCCGGCGUCCUGCACAGCCAACAGAUUUUUGCAACAUCCAUCGCCGAUCAUCCGGUGCUGUCCCAGAUACCCAAGGGUAGGGGCGAAAAGCCGGUCUUGAUGCAGCCCUCGUGGCACUUCCGACCUCAUAUGCGCGGCCCCAACAGCCCGCAGACCUACGAGGACUGGCUGUACGCCGACAUCCCACAGCUCGCGGUUCACUACGUCGCGUUCAAGGACGCCACAAUUUUCACGCUCACGUACCUCCACAGCUGGAUGGACGGGUCGGGCCUGUUGACGCUGACUCGGGCCUGGACCGCCGUGCUCCGAGGCGAAGACGACUCGCUACCCCCCUUCGUCGGGUACGGGUACGACGACGACCCUCUGGCGACUCUCCAUCUGCAGAGGCCCGGGUCGGACUAUCUGCUCGCGCCAAAGGCCCUCAGGGGCUGGUCGUUCUUUGCCUUUGUCGUGCGGCAGAUGCUGGAGCGCCUCUGGUGGCCGCAAGAGGAGUCGCGGAUCGUGUGCAUCCCAUCGUCGUACAUCAAGCGGCUGGCGGACGAGGCGCGGGCGAGGCUGGAAGCAUCCCGCAGCGCCCCGGACGGCGCCGGGGGUGACGCAAAGCCCUUUGUGGGCGAGAGCGACGUGCUGCUCGCGUGGUGGGUCAUGACGGUCGUGCGCGCACUGAAGCCCGCGCCCGGCCGCACCGUCGCGCUCAUCAACGCCUUCGACUCGCGCGGGCUGCUGGCCGAGAUGGGGCUCCUCCCGCGUCCGGACGCCGCCUUCUUCGGCAACGCGGCCUACGGGUGCAUAACCUUGUCACCUGCCCGCGACUACCUCCGAGACGGCACCGACGCCCCGCUCACCCCGCUCGCCGCGAGCAUCCGCCGGGAUAUGCUAACCCAGCGUACCGUGGAGCAGGUGCAGGCGCAGAUGGCGGCGCUCCGCGAGAGCUUGGCCUCGGCCGGCCGGCCUCCGCUGUAUGGAUCCUCCAACAUGAUCUUCCUUGCCUACUCCAACAUGAACACGUUCAAGCUCUACGAGGCCGACUUUUCCCAUGCCGUCGUGGCAACCGAAGCCGGGGACGCACCAAAAGCUGAUUCCAAGACUCACCGUAGGGGGGCGCCCACGUGGAUCAGCAGCACGUCGACCGAGACCGGGUUCUCGCCACGGAACACGGGCUUGUUCAUGGGCAAGGACAAGGAUGGAUACUGGUGGCUCUUUGCUUGCCUGCGGAAGGGCGCCUGGAAGAAGAUUGAGGAACAAUUGAAGGCUCGCCUUUGA